CUGAUGCAGAAGCCACCAGUUAUCAGCCACUCUCCCCAGCCAGCAAGCGAACGGCAGGUGACGACCCAAUCGAAGUCUGAUACAAACGCUGAGUGUGAAUACAAAGACUUAGCCGUAGCAGUAUCCCGCAGCCUGGGACCAACAGAGAUAUAUUGCCAUCAUGAAGUCUACCUACUUGCCGAUGCUCCUUCUCUGCGUCUACUUGGUGAAUGCAGAGAGUAACGAGGUCGACUCUAGGGAAGAAGUUGAAGAGACCAUCGUAGAAGAGCCCGCAGGAACAGGUGAAGAGAGUGAAAACAGCACUGCUCUCGACGACGUUCCCGGGAAACUAAGAGAAUCUGACGAGAACUACAUCGUCUUCACUUCCCAGUGCACUCGACUGGCUGGUUGUGUUGCACAGAAUGGAGCCUGCGUGGCUGCCUGCAACACUGCCACGCAAUUCCAAGUUACUGGCGGCUGUAAUGGAACGGGAUGCUUGUGUUGCGCUCCAAAGGCGUGUAGCGCUAACGCCAACUGCACUAGCGCCAGUGGUGCUUGUCAAGCUACUGCUUGUAAUACACUUCAGAAGACGAUCGCAGGUGGAUGUUUGGGCCAAAGUUGUUAUUGCUGUGCUACCAGAGAUUGUGAGCCAACAAAUAAAUGCAAGCGUGCUGGUGGUUUUUGUGCUUUCACGUGUACACAUGGGAUGGAUGUGAUCCCGAGCGGCUGUACUGGCACAGCAUGCCUGUGCUGUGCAAAACAAUGUGGUACGAACUACGAAUGUAGAGAACAUUACGGAUCCUGCGUGCGCAGGAGGUGUAGAUCAUUUGAGAAAGAAAUAAGGUCUGGCUGCUCUGGACAGGGAUGCCGCUGCUGCGCAAUGAUGAAUCGUGACUCAGGAAACGGGACAGACAGCGAAAUAAACGGAAACGUAAUUAACGAAGAACAGCAAAAUGAUGAAGAAAAUGAGGAGUGGGAGAAGGACAAUGAUCUUAUUGAAAACGAUGAAGCAGCAGAAGACGAACAAAAGGAAGAAGCAGUAGUAACAGAGGUUGAAGAGAUACAAGAGGAGACAACAGUAGAGCAGAGGAAGAUUUAGAAAGCCAGCUAGAGCAGCUGCUGCAGCUUCUUACACACACACACACACACAUAUAUACGCGGGGCCAGGAGCUUGGACUCGACCCCUGCAACCUCAACUAGGUGAGUACAUACACAUACACACACAUAUAUACACACACACACACACACAGGAGCUCGG